AUGAAAGCAGGAACCAACAUGAAGAUUUCUGGGAAGACUGUGUAUAUGUUUGUGCUGCUCACCAUCAUUGUUAUGAGAUCAGGAGGGAACAACGAAGUGUCAGUGACUGUAGGUGACAGCUCAGUGCUCGCCUGCCCUGUCAAACCAAAUAUAAAUAUGCUAACAUGGAAAAUAUAUCCCAAGGUUGGAGGCCCCUGCAACUUGGGCUACAGGGCAGAUACGAACACAACAGACAGAACAAACUGCAGUGACAGCAUGAACUGGAAAUUCAGACCAGAUCUGGGUCCUGUGCUUGAGAUACAGCAAGUGGGGAUAGCCCAGGAGGGAAAUUACAUCUGUGAAGUUGUAACACCAGAAGGGAAUUUCCACAGGACAUACCACCUGACUGUGCUGGUGCCCCCAAGGCUGAGCCUCUUCUGUGAUGAGCACGGGAAGCCUGUGUGCGAGGCAGCGGCAGGGAAGCCGCCUGCUCAGGUCUCGUGGCUCCUAGAGAGCAACUCCUCCCUUGAGGAAGAAAGCCACAACAACGGGACAGUGACUGUUCUCAGCAGGUUGACAGCAUGUGACACCAACGUGACUGACACAACCUGCGUGGUGUUCCACCCAGCUGGGAGCUGGAGUGAGUCCAUAGCCUGUUGUCCCUCAGACAAAAAGAACUCUAUCCUGUAUGUCUCCAUUACCCUUUGUCUUCUGAGCAUUAUGACCUUCAUGGCUGUCAUUUACUACAUCAAGCUCCACAGUAAUAGACUGUGCCACAAAAACACGCCUCCUGAAACUGAUCCUAUACAGAAUGACACAAUGGAAGUGGAACCUUAUACUACGUACGUGCAGAAGGAAAACGUAAUUUACAACUCAGUGUCUGAUCUGACAGUGGGGCAGAAUCUUCCACAAGAACUGUGGCCCGAAACAUGAACAAUUCAACAACACUGGAAAAGGAAAGACAUACUUUAUAAAAGACUGGUUAUAUAGAGAAACUUCUCAGAGGAU